AUGAUGAUGCGUUCGAGGCCUUCAAAAUAAUGCUCUUCAAGUUGGACAAUGCAUUCGGCUCGCGGAUACGACAGCUACGCCAGCAAUACGUCAGUCCAUCUGAAGUAGAAGAUACUAUUCGACGAACCAUUCACGCUCAACUGGAAAACGCUCCACUUCGUCUAAUCAACACCAUCACUGGGAAUAUAUGUGAUCGAAAUGCACAGAUCAACGGCUUCACGGAGAGUACAGAGUACAAAGAGCUUUUGU